AUGGCGGCGUCAUGGAGUUUUGGUGGUAGAAUGAGGCAAAUGCUUAUGAUUGGGGUCUUAUUAAUUCUUGUUCUUCUUUACGGACGCAACAUCCCUACUGCCGAGCCUCUGACAAUCAUCAAAACCAAAACUAUAGAACACACAGUGACGCAUACCAGUACCAUAGCAUCCAUAUCAAUAAAGACCGAACAUGCCUCCCCAACUUCGACUCUUGAUCCUAGAAAACUUGCAUUCAUGAUUGAAACUCGCCCACUUCCACAUCUACCUCUUCAACUUACACACAUGACGAGCGUCAUCCCACCAGAAUGGACCUUUAAAUUUAUGGGCAGCAACACCUCCAUCAAUUAUCUCCUCGGUUUCCACCAUUUGAAACAUCUAGUAGCUUCCAAGAAGCUUACUCUUAUUCCUCUCCCCUCCCAUUGGAAUGUCUCAAACCGUGAAUCCAUAUCCCAAAUGUUCACCGACCCCGAACUAUAUAAAUUCCUCCUCCCAGCCGAACAUCUCCUAGUCUUCCAACCCGAUUCUAUAUUCUGCACCAAAGCACCCACAACUCUCAACGAUUUCAUACAAUAUGAUUACAUAGGAGCUCCAUGGGGUCCAAACUCUACCUAUGGUGGAAAUGGAGGUCUCUCCCUUCGUCGCGUGUCGUCCAUAUUACGACUAUUGGAAAAGGAGAGACGGAAACCUAAAGAUGGAGCACUUGAGGAUCUUUGGCUCAGUAACAAACUCAAUAAAUUGAAGGGGAGUAAAAUGGCAAAUGCGAAAGUGAGCAAAACGUUCAGUGUGGAAAGUGUUUGGGAUGAAGCUCCGUUGGGUUAUCAUAUUGGGUGGUUAGGGGCACAUCAUCAACAGAUCUGGGAUAAACCCGAAUACGUCUCCCACAUAAUGAAUUACUGUCCAGAAGUCAAGAUUAUACUUGGUAUGAAAUUAGAUAAGGAUAAACCUCAGGGUGUUUGA